UUGUAUGACGAACGAAGCUGCAAUUUGCCGCUAGCUUACAAUUAAUUAAAUCGAAGUAUGUCGAAGCGCGUACAACCGGCGUGGCAAGCACCAAAAGCGGCAACACGGCCGCAAUUGCGAUUUUACAACAGUCUAACCAGGCAGAAGGAAGAAUUUGUACCGUUGGAGGGCAACAAUGUGAAAUGGUAUAGCUGCGGUCCCACUGUCUACGAUGCCUCCCACAUGGGACACGCGAGAUCUUACAUUUCUUUUGAUAUCUUGCGGCGCGUAUUGAGUGACUACUUCGGCUACAACGUCCACUAUGUGAUGAACGUCACCGACAUCGACGACAAAAUUAUAAAGCGAGCACGUCAGUAUCAUCUCUAUGAGAAAUAUGCGAAUGCAGCAGCAGAACUGCCGCUGGAGAGAUUGCUAAGUGAGCAGAAAGAAGUGCUGACGCAGUUGCAGGUGAAAUGUGACAAGAAUACGGAUGCUGAUAAGAAAGUAAUGCUGGAAAAGAUGCUGCAACGCAUGACCGAUGCCAUGGAGGCACUCACCAAGGCUGUCAGCGUCGGAGACCAAGAGAAAAUUGCUCAAAUGAGAGAUCAUUAUUUGACUGAGGCAAAGGAUCCAAUUGCAGAGUGGCUAGAUGGAAAGGAUGGCGCCCAUAUCAAUGAUAAUUCAGUGUUUGAGUCACUGCCGCGUUAUUGGGAAGAUCAGUUUCACAAUGACAUGAAGUCUCUUAAUAUACUGCCACCUGAUGUAUUGACAAGAGUAUCGGAGUACGUGCCACAGAUUGUUGCAUUUAUACAGCGCAUCAUUGACAAUGGAUUGGCCUACGAUGCAAAUGGUUCCGUCUACUUUGAUGUGAAUGGCUUUGACAAGCGUGACAAGCAUCAUUACGCCAAGCUGGUUCCUGAGGCGUACGGCGACACAGCAUCUCUGCAGGAGGGUGAAGGAGAUCUGUCAGUGACUGAGGAUCGACUCUCCGAGAAACGCUCACCCAAUGACUUUGCCUUGUGGAAGGCAAGCAAGGCUGGAGAGCCUUGGUGGGACAGUCCCUGGGGACGUGGUCGUCCUGGCUGGCAUAUCGAGUGCUCAGCAAUGGCCUCCGAUAUAUUUGGAUCAAUGUUUGACAUACAUACUGGCGGAGUUGACCUAAAAUUCCCACAUCAUGACAAUGAACUGGCACAAUCAGAGGCGGCAUAUAAUGAAUCGGAAUGGGUCAAGUAUUUCCUGCACACUGGUCAUCUGACAAUUGCCGGUUGCAAGAUGUCCAAGUCGCUCAAGAACUUUGUAACGAUACAGGAUGCCUUGAAGAAGCACUCAGCUACGCAAUUGCGCUUGGCGUUCCUAUUGCACUCCUGGAAGGACACGCUGGACUACUCGGAGAACACCAUGGAAAUGGCCACUCAGUAUGAAAAAUUCCUUAAUGAGUUUUUCUUGAAUGUCAAGGACUUGACACGCCUUGUAUUAACUGGAAAAGCUAUGGAUCAGUUCAGUGAGUGGACUGCAUUGGAGUCAACUUUGCAGACCAAGUUUGAAGAAGCGCAAGCGCAGGUUCAUGCGGCUCUUUGUGAUAACAUUGAUACACGCAGCGCGCUUGAUUCCAUUCGCGAAUUGGUAUCAAAUACGAAUAUCUACAUACGUGACAACAAGGCCAGGUUGAACCACUUGUUGCUCCGUAAGAUUGCCACUUAUAUUACCAACUUGCUGCAUACAUUUGGAGCUAUCAAUGGACCGCGUGGCGGCAUUGGAUUUCCACUGGGUAGUGGAGAUUCUAAUAAUGCAGCCGGUGUUGAUCAGGAGUCGCUUGUAAUGCCGUACGUGCAAACAGUGGCCGAAUUCCGGAACUUGGUUCGUGAACAGGCAAAGGUACUAAAAGCUUUUGAUAUUCUGAAACUGUGCGACGAUCUGCGUGACGAUGUGCUGCCCAAUCUCGGUGUGCGUCUGGAGGACAAGGAUGACGGUAAAUUUGCAGUCAAGUUGGUUGAUCGCGAGAUGCUUCUGCGGGAGCGAGAGGCAAAGCAAGCUGCUGAAGCGGAAAAAGCGGCGGAGAAAGCCCGUAAAAAACAGGCAUUGGAGGCGGCAGCAGCUGCCAAGGAGGCACAGCGUCGAAUCAAUCCCAAGGAUAUGUUUACCAGUGAAACUGAAAAGUACUCGGCAUUUGGCGAAGAUGGACUUCCCACACACGACAAAGAAGGCAAAGAGAUUAGCAAAGGACAACUCAAGAAACUUCAGAAACUCCAGCAACAGCAAGAGCAACGUUACAAAGAGUAUUUGGCUAGUGUAAAUACAGCCUCGAGUUAAAUAUUAAAUGAUAUUACAUCUGUUCACAACAAUAUAUAAACAAUUUUUAAGUUAACUCGCUUUGAGACUAACCAGAUAAAUGCAGUUAAUGUUUAUUUUAAUUAUACACUUUUGAUAGGAGCCUGUUUAUCACGAAUAUUUAAUAAAUUUAAAACAUACA